CGGGACCUGGUGCGGCAGGGUCGCAGCUUCCCAGCCCCCACUCACUCAGGGAUCAUCCGCCUCAGCCAGGAUGAGGAGGCAGAACUUUACUGGAUUUAUGGGGAAACACUCUGACAAGUGAUGAGGAAAGGGCUGAGCUAAUGAAUGCCUUCUUUGCCUCGGUUUUGAACGGUAAGAGCAGUUGCCUUCGGCCCCCUGAGCUGGAACACAGGAUCUUUAUAGAUGACACAGUCAGUGAGGAUCGAGUGCUGCUCAGCAGGUUUGCAGAUGAAACUGAGUGCUGCAUGUGACACAAAAGCAAAAGAAUGAGAUGGCAUCCAGAGGAAACUGGACAAACCUAAGAAGUGGGCCCACAAGAACUCCAUGUAGCUAAACAAGCCCAAGUGCAAGGUGCUGCAUGGAACAGGGCAAUCCCAGACAGAGUACAGAGUGGGAAGUGAACUCAUUGAGAGUAUCCCGGGAGAAGAGGACUUGUGCAUUCUUGUGGCUGAAAACCUGAAUAUGAGGUAACAGUGUGCAGCCCUGUGUCCUGGGCUGCAUCCAAAGCAGCGUGGGCCAGAGGGCCAGGGAGGGGAUUCUGCCCCUCUGCUCUGCUGAGAGCCCACCUGCAGGGCUGCAUCAGCUCUGGGGUCACAGCACAGAAGGACAUGGAGCUGUUGGAGUGAGUCCAGAAGAGGCCAUGAAGAUGAUCAGAGGGAUGGAGCAACUCUCCUAUGAAGAAAGCCUGAGGCAGCUGUGGUUGGUCAGCCUAGAGAAGACUUUGGGGUGACCUUACAGCACUCUCCUGUACCAAAAAGGAGUCUACAGAGAAGGUGGAGAGGGACUUUUGACAAGGAUACGUAGUGGUAGGACAAGGGGCAAUGGCUUUAGGUUCAAGGAAGGUAAGUUUAGAUUAGAUAUUAGGUAGAAAGUCUUCACUGUGAGCAUGGUGGGGCACUGGAACAGUGCUCAGAGAAGCUGUGGAUGGCACAUCCCUAGCAGUGUUCAAAGCUAGGUUGGAUGGACCUCUGAGCAACCUAGUCAACUGGAAGUUGUCCUUGCCCAUGACAAGGAGGGUUGGAACUAGAUGAUCACAGGAUCACAGAAUCAGUUACAUUGCAAAAGACCUCUGAGAUCGUUGAGUCCAACUUUCGAACAAACAUCACCUUGUGAUCUAGACCAUGGCAUCAAGGUUGCCAUCCAGUUAUUUCUUGAACACCACCAGGGAUGGUGACUUUACCACCUCCCUGAGCAGUCCAUUCCAAUGCUUAACAACCCUUUCCAUAAAGAAAUUCUUCCUGUGUCCUCUUGUCCUGUCCCUAGAAGAGACAACCCCCACCUGUCUGCACCCUUCUUUCAGGCAGUGGCAGAGAGCAAUAAGGUCACCCCCAAGCCUCCUUUUCUCCAGGAUGAACACCUCCAGCUCCCUCAGGCACUCCUCACUGGACUUACAAGGUCCCUUCCAACCCAAGCCACUCUAUCACCUAUAAGAGAGAAGACUGGCACACACUGCUGUGUGGAAACAUAAUGGAGAAAACUAUUUUCUUUAAUAUGGGCUAGAUGGGGAGGAAGCUGUCUUGUGCCAAGCCAAACCUACUCCAACACCUUUGUUACACAUGGACUUUUUAAAAUCAGUUUGUUUUGUGUUUUCUGAAUGGAAAAAAAGAAACUGAUAUCUAGAGUAGCUUAAAUGGGUCAACACAAGGUAGUUAUAAGAGGUCAAAAGAUUACCAUUUUGUAGUAAUACUCUGUCUCAAUGCUCUAUUUGCUAUCUUAUACACAGGUUGAACUUAGACUUUCCAUUUGCCUGAGAACCCAUGCAUAGCAAAUAUUAAUUUAAUUUCUCUAUUCUGUUAUGAAAUAUAAUAUAAAGUUUCCAUUAGAGAAAUAAUUUGCAGCGCUUUAGAGAUGUUAGAAAGACAAAAUUGUGCAUAUGCUUAGCUUUAGUCUUCCUGUAAUGAAUACAUAUAUAGCUAGAUGAUCUUUUAGGAGCAAAUGUUUUUUUGUGAAUUGAAGACUAGAUAACCUUUCCAAAGCAAUGAUCUGUUAGGUCUACUUGGAAACACAGCUGUGUUUCGUCAACUCUUUCCCUCAUUUAAUUCUAGCUUAGAGUGGCUGGUUUGUGCUUCACCCACAGGCAUAGAAAUAAACAGCAAUCUCUACUGCAGCUUUGUGUCACUUAGUUACUCCUUCCAGUCAUUACUUUUAAUGAAUUGUUUGUUCCUGAAUGAAGCAGUAAAGGUAGAUGAUUAGAGUAGAUUGUGUCCUGAAUCAUGCAAUGUCACUUCUAUGCUUUCCUCAGUGCAAUAAUCAAGAAACUGUCUGACCGUGGAGGAACAAUUUGUUGUUACUAGACAAACACACACAGACAAACAAAACCAUACAGAAACCAAACCCUGGUGGACUAAGUCAAGUGUAACUGUUCUGUGAGAAAGUGUAGACAACAUGUUAAGACAAACAAGAGAGUAAGACACCUGGACCUACCCAAUCUUCUUAAGAAAUAGGGAAGAGACUAUCUUCUAUUUUUUCCUCUGUGACACUCAGUGUAGUGUCCUCAGAUCUUCACUAAGAAGGAAACCCGGACAAAACUAUUUUGCAAGAGGAAAGAAAGAACUUGUGUGUCUGGGAGAUAUAAUAAAUAUGAUUAAGUUUAUCUGUUUAGAUAACUAGAAGGAUUAAACUCAUAUAAAGAUUACAGUUUUGGAAAAAUACUUGUGUAUAAUUUAUGGAAAUUGUUGGAACAUUAGGGAAUAAUUUUCCUGAAGUACAUAUGUUUUAUACUGAUUUCUGAUGCACUUCUGUUUUCCAAAGCAAUAAAUAUUCCCAGUAAGUGAAAACAUUUCAUCUCAUGUUGCACUCUUGCAUCCCACUCCAGUUGAUGUUACUCUUUUUGUCAUAGGUGAUAGGGGAUGCAUUUUUCCUUACACUGGCAGUACAUCCAUUCCAAGUUUGCUUAAACAACUUUUUAAAGCCUCCCAAAUACCUACAUGCUGAACAUAAAGGAAGCUCUAAAAUGGUAUCGUCAAUUUGCUUGGAGUGACUACCAGACUGAGAAUGAAGCCAACCACAGUGGUAGGUGCAACCACAGAACAAAAAUACUGUAGGAAUGAGGCCUUUGCCAUGAGAUGUGUCACAAAGGAAUGACUGUGGGCAGGAUGGCUUGCUGAUGGGGUGACAGGUCAUCAGGAGCAUUGUAGCUGACCCUUACUGCUGCACUUGGCCAGGUGAUAAAGGAAGUGAAACCAAGGUGUCCCUGUUGUGUUGUGUUCCACCCUUGCGCAAGACCCAUGGGUUUCAUAAUCUCUCUCUGUAUCCUUCAUUAACAUACAAACUGGCUGCGCCCUCUCCACGUUCAUGCUGGCAGUAACCAUAUUUGGCUGCAGUCUCACAUUCACUUCUCCCAUAUGUAUAAACUGGUAUUUGAAAUCCUUCAUGGCAGAGGAUGAGAGCAUGAGCACCUUGCAGACAAGUCAAUGGGCUUGCUUCUCUCUCCUCCCCAAAGCAGGGAUUCCACUUUGGCAAGAUUUGAUCCCCAACUGUGUCAGAGUGCACCUGGGAACAUUUGCACAUAGCACUGUACACUUUUUUCAUGUCUAGUGAAUCUAUCUAUGGAAAUCAAACAAGAAGUUGUAAAUUGAUGCCCCAAUAAACUGAACUAUUGAUGAACCUGGAUUUGAAAGUUCUUAUUCAAGUCAACCAGACUGUGUUGAAUCAUUGUAUUGCACUAUUUGUGACUCUGUGAUCGCACAUGAGACCAGAGCAGAUUUACGGUGUAACCCACACCAUUGGUGUCUCUGGGAUCCCAUUGAAUGUGACUGGACUUAGAGUGACAAGUUGGUUCUAAUCAGAAAUUAAGCCCAGCUGCACCUAGCCCCUCUGUUCUCUGGGGACCACCUGGGAACCAAGGGGAUUUAUUCUCUGCCAGUCUUCUAUAAUACACAAACAGAUCUAGACUAAAAAACCAGUUUAUCUGACUGACCUCUUCAUCCAGACAGUAUGACUUACAGACUGUUGCCUUUUUAAUCACAUAUAUAUUCACAGGAGACAGGGGGGCAACAAAAUAGCAGUUUAAGACUAGCUUUCACCAAAAUACAAUCAAAACCAGGGGGCAGAUAUCCCAAAGUACUGCGAUACUCAUAACUGCCUCUAUUACAUGGCAUGGCAAAGCAAAUGGCUGGAUUGUGCUUUUUGUCCUCCCUACUCAUUCUCUUCUCAUUUAUGGUCAGAAUUCAGACCUGUACUCAAUUGGCAUUGAUAUUAAUUUUUGCUGUUACUCAUAUGAGGGAAAAAGAGUAUUUAAUUCAAGUACCUAACUUCUUCCCAUGUUAGUGUGUUUGUAUUUGCAAGGCAUUUAUCAUGUCUAAGUGAGAUCAAGGCUUCAUUUAAUUAGCAGUGUUUAUGUAUCAAAACCCACAUAAUAAUACACAUUUUAUACACACACACACAGACACACAGACACACACACACACAGAGACACACAUGCAGACACACACACAUUCUAAUUAUAUGUAUCUGUAAUAAAUAAAAGCAAGGAGAAAUAAAACAUUUUUUCCUGAAAGAACAUAGAGAAAGCUUAAUGGAAGCUUGGAAGUAUGAAUCAUAUGAUAGGAGACAAGAUGGCAGUAAUAUUCAGCAGGUCCCUGACCCAUCAUUGAAAAUACUUUAAUUUCAGCAUGUUCUUCAAGUGCUAGAAUAAUAAAAAAACAAGUAUUUCUGUAACUCUUUAUUUUAAAUUCUCAUUAUACAUCCUAUAGAAUUUUAGUAGUAGAGAGAAUAAAUAAUCUAACAUAUAUAUAAAUAUUCCAAUAUCCCACUGAAAUAAAAACAAAGUAGCAAAACAAAACAAAAAGACUAUGAAGUCAUAAAGCAGAAAAUGAAAGUGUGCAAAACCAUGCACAGGGGGGAAAACCUUAAAAACCAACAAAUGAUGAAAGAAAACUUCUCCCACAGAAUAAUUAAAUGUCAAGAUUUUGAAGAAAUGGGAAUCUACAAAUAACUUCAAAGCAACCAGCUUAGCACUCAGAAUUUAUACACAGGGAAGAAGGAACAUUAGAGCUUGUCCUUAUCAUGAAUGCUUUUGGCUUGAUACAAAUUGGCCUCAUACUGUCAAGAACCACCAUCAUCUCCAGUCUUCAGUGCAACCACCUCCCUUUGCAGCAAAGAAAAGUGAUUGAGAACAGCCUGCGACUCUUGGAUAAAAUGGGAAAAGAGUUUCCCCAACAAUGUCUAAGAGAGAAAAUGUCCUUCAGAUUUCCUACACAGGUUCUGCAGCCCAGGCAAAAAGAGACUGUUGGAGUUGCCAUUGAAGAGAUCUUCCAACAUAUCUUCUAUAUCUUUAGCAAAAACCUGACUCUUGCUGCUUGGAAUGGAACAGUACUGGAUCAGUUCCAAAAUGGACUUUAUCUGCAAAUUGAGCAAUUGGAGGCAUGUGUAAUUGAAAAACACACCCAACCCUGUCAGAGAAAAGAAGUCAGCAGGCUGAAAUUGAAAAAGUACUUCCAAAAAAUAGAUUGUUUUCUUAAAGAUAAACAACACAACCUGUGCUCUUGGGAGAUCAGCCGUGCAGAAAUGAGGAGAUGUCUCCAAUUGAUUGAUAAGGUGACAAGGAAGCUUAAAAACUAAGGGUGUCCAUACUCUCCUCUCUACCGCCCAUGGAUGCAAGGUAAAGAAGAGAUGGCAGAUAUGAAUCUCAUGAAUGAAGCUGAAAUACCAGAAAUAAAAACACCUAGCAACUUCACCAUGAUCCAGAGCAACAAAAAGGCCAAAAAAACCAGAGUAAAUUAUCAGAGUAAUUUUGCAACCUUGUGAUACCCUGCUACAAAUAUUAUGACAAAAUAUGUAUUUCUUUGCUUCAUAACUAAAAGCACUUGAAAUGGACCCAUCCUGGGACUGUUUCAAAUCUCAUUUCUCUUGCUUGUUUGUACUUCUUCAAACCUGUACAAUAAAAUUACA